CCGGUCGCAACGGUCGCCCAGGAUGGUUUCAAAAAGUUGCUCCGAACAAUGGACCCAAGGUACAAUUUGCCAAAUCGAAACUAUUUCUCUGAAGAAGUGCUGCCAGAGAUGUACACCACUCUCAGGCAAAAGCUGACAGCCCGGCUCGCAACAGUAAAAUAUUUUGCGGUCACUACCGACAUGUGGUCCAGUAGGACCUGCGAGCCGUAUAUGUCAUUGACAGUUCAUUUUAUCGAGGACUGGAGAAUGGAGUCGGCGUGCCUCCAAACCAGCUACUUUCCUCAAGAUCACACCGGAGAGCACAUCGCUGAAGCCCUGCAGGAUGCGCUCUCAAACUGGAAGCUGGAGGAAAAGCGGCUGGUGGCCAUAACCACCGACAACGGGAGCAACGUUGUUAAAGCGGCCCAACUGCUAAAAUGGCUGAGGAUGCAAUGCUUUGGUCACCGACUUCAUUUGGCCAUUGGACAUGGCAUGGAUGAUCACCGCAUCACAAGGUGCAUUGCGCUGUGCAAGAAAAUGGUCAGCAGCUUUUCCUAUAGCUGGAAACGGAGGAGAGAAUUGGCUGAGGUGCAGAUUCAGCUGGGUCUACCGACUCACCAGCUCAUCACAGAGUCAGCCACACGUUGGGGAUCGAGACAGCAGAUGAUCAGCAGGGUCCUGGAGCAAGAGGCAGCCCUCUCCAAAGUCCUGUUUGCUGACAAGAAGUCGAGACAUCUUGUCCUUAACUGGCAGGACGUAGAGGUCCUGCAGGCAGUCCAGAAAGUCCUGAAGCCCCUUCAUGACUUCACAGACGCUCUCUCCGGUGAAGAGUAUGUCACCCUCUCCUACGUCAGGCCUGUGCUACACCUCUUCAACUCAAGUCUCCUAAUACGGGAAGAGGAUGAUAGUGAGCUGUGUAGGUCGAUCAAGACCAGAAUCUUGGAUUACCUUAAUGCCAAGUAUGCUGACCCAGACACAAGUGACCUUUUGGAUAUGGCAUCACUUGCGGAUCCACGUUUCAGGGUCCAAUACAUCCCAGGUGAAAGAGUUGAGGCACUGAAACACAGAGCUGUGUUGGAGGUGGAGGCCUUGCAGGCUGAUUUGGGCGGCGGUAAGCCGGACCCGGCUGGCCCUGUGCCAGAGGAACCAGGAAUGCCACCACCAUCCACAAAGAAGAAGUCACUGGCCAGCUUCUUCAAGCAGAGCACAGCCACCAACACCAGGCUGACACAGAGGGAGGCGAUUGAAAGUGAGCUUACAAGCUACUUACAGUCAGCUAUCAUCGACCACGACACAGAUCCUCUCCAAUGGUGGAAGAUGCAUGCCGAUAUUUUUCCAGCACUGAGCCUCCUGGCAAAAAAGUACCUUUGCGCACCAGCAACCAGUUCCCCUUCUGAAAGGGUUUUCAGUUGCAGCGGCAACAUUGUCAACUGUCACAGGGCAUCCCUGAAGCCUGAGGCGGUUGAUAGACUAGUUUUCCUUGCACAAAACCUGUAAAAUAUAAGAGCACUGCAAAUGAGAAACGUUUUUUUGGCCUGUUCUGUUGGUAAUUUUGUUCUGUUUACAUUCUUGUUCUUUGCACAGCUGUAGGAGAAGAAAAAUCUUAACCCUUUUCAUUUAAUUAAAACUAUUUAAUAUAUUUGUUAUUUCACACAAUGUUAGAUGUUGGCACCACAUAAUUUGUCAAAGAGAUUUAAAGAUUUUAUUUAUUUUGUUAAGAAGCAUAAAAACUGUUCUGUUCAUGUGUUCAUGUGUUCAUUCAAUUUACCUUUCUUGCACUUGGCACAUGUGCCAGCCAGAGUUCCAUGUUCCAUUCUGGUGAAAAUGACUAUACAAAAUCACAUGUUGAUAUAUG